AUCGCGGCCUGGCGAAUCGAUACCAGCCUCUAAAUGGGUCAACACGUCUCCCGAACAGAUUUCGAGUGGGUUUACAAUGACCAGCCGCACACGAGCCGCCGCAGUAUCAUGCUACAAAAGUAUCCUCAAAUUAAGAAGCUGUUCGGACCGGACCCACAGUUCAAGUACAUCGUAUCGGCUAUGGUACUAACGCAAAUCGUCAUGCUCUACGUGAUGCAGCAUCAGUCGUGGAAAAUGAUUACCAUUGUCGCUUACUGCUUCGGCGGUGUUAUCAACCACUCUUUGAUGUUAGCCAAUCACGAAAUUUCUCACAACAUGGCGUUCGGAUACGGAAGGCCGUUGGCGAACCGAUUGUUCGGUAUGUGGUGCAACCUUCCUAUCGGAAUACCGAUGUCGGUUUCUUUCAAGAAAUAUCACACCUUGCACCAUAGAUAUUUGGCAGAUGAAAGGCUGGAUCCGGACGUACCGAGCAUUCUUGAAGCGAAGCUGUUCUGCAAUACUUUUGGAAAGUUUAUCUGGCUGAUUCUUCAACCUUUGUUCUACGCUAUAAGGCCACUAUUCGUCAACCCACUCCCAGUUGAAAAACUGGAGAUGCUAAACACUGCCAUACAACUGACAUUCGAUGGCCUGGUGGUGGCAAUUUUCGGGUGGAGAAUGCUGGCCUACCUAUUGAUUGGGUCAUUUCUAGCUAUGGGUCUACAUCCUGUGGCCGGUCAUUUCAUCGCCGAGCAUUAUAUGUAUGCCAAAGGGUUCGAAACGUACUCCUACUAUGGCCCAUUGAACUGGAUUACGUUCAACGUCGGGUAUCACAACGAACAUCAUGACUUCCCGGCCAUUCCUGGGAGCAAGUUGCCCGAGUUGAAGAAAAUCGCUCCGGAAUUCUACGAAAGCAUGCCACAACACACGUCCUGGGUGCGUGUCAUGUAUGAUUUUGUGAUGGAUCCCGCCAUCGGACCUUACGCCCGAAUCAAACGCAGGGCAUUCGAGAGGGCGGGAUGAUUAGACAUAUCAGUGUGACUGGAUGCCAUGGAACAAUAAUCAAUAAAAUUGGAUUAAGUGAUGUUUUUAGAAUAUUUGUACAUUAUUAUUUAUGUUAAUAAAAUAUUUAUUAAAUCAACAAAGUAUUAGCACCAUCCGCAAUCGAAAGAAAGCAUAUUAUAUUCGAUAAUUGUCAGUAAUGGCAAUUUGCAGGAAUCUUAAAAUCAAUCAUUCUCGGGUACUUAUUCAAAAGGACGUAUGUGAUUUUGUAAACAAAGAUUCAACCGUGGAUUUUGAAUAAGUACCCGAGCAUUGUUUUUUUGCUUUUCUCGUACAACAACCGAAAGACUAUCAUUCCACUCAAAAAUCGAUCGUUUCAUAGAAGGCUAUGAAACCCAUGAUGUUAUAACCCAAUCGACUCAGCUUUUCGAACUAAAAAAAUGUUUGUCUGUCCGUGCGUAUGUGUGUGUGUACACAUGGAACCCAAAAGCAUUAGCAAACUUUUCAUAU